UAAAAUGCGCGUGAAGUUGUGAAGCAAUAGUCACAAUGUCACUCACCAUGCAAGACGUUCCUUCCUGCUUUCUUCAACCGCUGUUUAUCGACACCAACAUCACCUACGAGCUGGAUAUGUCCAAGUUCCCAGGUCUGGAUGACCCACAACAUAUGUACCAGCCUGCUCUGUUGAUAGCCACUGACUGGAGCGACUACGUCUACGGUCUUUUUGACGCAAAGCGCGUCACGGGUGAUGCUGUCAUCAACCUGAACGAAUCUACACGUUUCCAACAAAAUGGACCCUCCCCAACGGAGUCUCCAUUUCGUCUUCUGUCCGGCCCUGGCUGCUGCGGACCAUUAGAUUCGGACACUUACAAGGUCAUGCUUGAUGACGUCAUCAAAGACGCAGCACUCUCAAGUCACGUGUUUGACUUCGUUGAUACGGACCCGGAUGCUUGCAAAUCUGAUUUAACAGACAUUACAGGUGUAUUGACAGAAGGGAUAUUUGGAGAGGCUGACGUUUCUGGGGACAAUGAGAAAUACGCAAAUGAUCGGAAACGAAACCGGCCAUGUGAUAGCGAGUUUGGUAUCAGCGCACAAAAAAAAUCCAAAAUGGCGGACAGGUCUCUCGACCGUCUUCCGAGCCGUUUAUCGGUAUGUCUCACUUCAAGAUCUUUGGAAUCAAACCGAGGAUCAUGAAGACAAUGAGAGCUGUGAACGAAAGAACAGCUACAUUCCUGUUACUGUAUUUACCAUUAUACAGUUACCGGACUCUACUGUUGAUAAGUGCCACAAUAUUUAUGUUUUACACAAAACUGUUACUGAGUUGUUUGUUAUUAUAUUGUUUUAUUCAA